AACACCCAUUCGUCAUUGCCAUUGCUACUUGUUUUAGCCACAUCUAUGGUUCUUUUUACAGUCCAAGGCAAAGCAGGUGAUCAACUCAAAGAAACCAACAUGUCUGUCUAUUUCCAUGACUAUUCCUCCGACGGCCCCAACUCAACUGUCCGUGCGGUGGUCGGCUUUCCCGGGAAGCCCUGGAGUUUAACUCAAUUCGGAACUCUGUUUGUGUCCGAUGAUCCCAUAACCGAAGGCCCCGACUCCGGAUCAGCCCCUGUCGGACGUGGUCGAGGCAUAUUCGUCACUGCAAGUUUGGAUGGGGUCAGCACUUAUGUCUCCCUUUCAAUUGUGUUCACCAACGAGGCCUAUAAUGGUAGCACCAUCCAGAUACAAGGUACUAGUGAUCAGUUCACGACUGUUAGAGAAUAUGGUGUGGUUUCCGGGACCGGCAAAUUCCGUUAUGCUCAAGGUUAUGUUAUCUUCGAGAAUUCUUCCUUCGAUCGCUCGACUUUGUAUGCCAUUAUUCGUUGUAACAUUUCGAUUUAUCACUAUUAA